CUUUCAGCUUUUCUGCUUGCUCCGCCCAGUCAAGCCUCCGUGAGACAGAACUACAACCGAAGCCGCCAUGGCAGAUCUUUUAAAAAACGUUUCUGCUGUAGAAAUCGACCCCGAAGGAGUGUUUAAAUACAUUCUGGUGCGGGUGAAAGUCAAAGGGGGUGCUGGUGAAUACAAAGAUAUAGUUAGAGGCACUCAGAGUGCUGAAUUCCACAAUCACAUAUUUGAAAAAAUAAAUCCUGACUUGGAAAAGUUAGGACUGGAAUGUAACUGUCUGGGAGGUGGAAAGAUUGAACACAACAGCACCGAGAAGAAGAUCAGAGUAUUUGGCCUCUCCACAGGUUUCGGCAAGGCUGACCACUCUGUCACUGUUGAGAAGUUAAAGACUGUCUUCACAGACUACGAGAUCACCUGGUCUGAUGAUAAAAAGUAGAACAGCUUCAUUUAGCAAGCCUGCUGAAGUAGGGGGUCAAAAGCAAAACACAAUUCUUUGCUCCUAGAUAAAAGUCAACCAUUUUGUCCAGGAUUCAUCUUUGCUUAAGUAAUCUUUGUGGGGGAAAAAAAAAAAAAAUUUUAGUUGGUGUACAAUACUCCUUUGUUUUACUGUCCUAAAUGUGGAGGUUUACUAAAAUGCAAAUGGGAGCGCACAAUAUAAUGCAGUACAAUUGCCUUGUUUUUCUCAAUAAGAUGAUAGCAGAACAUUAAGAUGUGUGUUUAUUUAGAAAUGAGACACACACUAAAUAAAAAUAGAUUUAGUAAUUGCAUUUAUUUUAACAUCACUUGGCCCACAGCCUCAUUUUUUGAAGCACCAAGAGAGCUUACAUUGACAGCUCGGUUUGACAUCUUUCCUUAACAUAACCAGAUACUAGUAGUGUGAUUUCUCAUAAUUCAAAGGACUAUUGUUCUAUUGUACAAUUAUGUUUUUCGUUGUUAAGAUUAACUUGAGUCUUCUGAAUGUCUUCUUGUAAUUAAAAUUCAAUCAAGGAC